UCUCUCCCCGCUUCCUUCCUUCCCCCGACGAAGCUUCGUGAAGAUUCCGGAAGGCUCCGGCCGGUUCUUUUCUCCGAGGCACCCGAGCCGCACCGCUCCAACAGGCUCCCGCUCUUCUUCCCCCACCACCCCGCGCCGCCGCCGCCAUGUCCUUGCUGUGCUACAACCGGGGCUGCGGCCAGCGUUUCGACCCCGAGACCAACACGGAGGAUUCAUGCACGUAUCAUCCAGGUGUACCGGUCUUUCAUGAUGCUCUCAAAGGUUGGUCAUGUUGUAAGAGAAGAACAACAGACUUUUCUGACUUCUUAAGCAUUGUGGGCUGUACAAAGGGUCAUCAUAAUAGUGAGAAACCUCCUGAGCCUGUUAAACCAGAAGUCAAAACUACCUCUGAGCGAAAGGAGCUAGCUGAACUGAAACCCAAAUUUCAAGAACACAUAAUUAAGGCACCAAAACCACUGGAAACAAUUAAAAGACCAAGCCCAGAUGAGCCAAUGACAAAUUUGCAGCUGAAAGUAUCAGCUUCCUUGAAGCAAGCACUAGAUAAACUGAAACUGUCAUCAGAAAACGAAGAGAAAAAAGAGGAGGACAGUGAUGAAAUCAAGAUCGGGACAGCAUGUAAAAAUGCAGGCUGUUCAAAAACGUACCAAGGACCGCACAGCACUGAAGAUGUAUGUAUAUACCAUUCUGGUGUACCUAUAUUUCACGAAGGGAUGAAGUAUUGGAGCUGCUGUAAAAGGAAAACGUCUGACUUCAAUACAUUUUUAGCUCAAGAAGGCUGCACAACAGGAACACACGUAUGGACUAAAAAGGAUGCAGGAAAGAAGGUAGUUCCAUGCAGGCAUGAUUGGCACCAGACUGGAGGAGAAGUGACUAUUUCUAUAUAUGCUAAGAACUCUGUUCCUGAUCUGAGCUAUGUAGAAGCAAAUAGUACAAUGUUAAAUAUUCAUAUUAUAUUUGAAGGAGAAAAGGAAUUUCAUCGCAACGUGAAAUUAUGGGGAGUAAUUGAUGUAAAGAGGAGUUAUGUGAACAUGACAGCUACAAAGAUUGAGGUUACUAUGAGGAAAGCAGAGCCUCUAUUAUGGGCGAGUCUUGAAUUACCAGUAUCCAACACAGAACAAAAGAAAGAGAAUUCAGAUCAAUAAUAAUUCCAAGAGACAAGAUAUAUCCCAUCAUGAAGUGGUGACUUGCUACUGUAAUCAAGUAUUUAACUUUUAUAUAGAUACUUUUUUUUUUAUGCUAGACCUUAUGUUCCACUCUACAAAAAAAAAAAAAAAAAAGAUGCACAGUAAAUGAGGGUGUCAACUUGAAGAGUAAUAGCUGGUUCUUCUGCUCUUGCUCCCGUGAGUGUAUUUAUUCUAGCUGGAGCGUCUCCAUGGGAAUUUAAAAUAAGAGCUAUUGCCCUGUGUUUACAAUCUUACCUACUAUGCACUGACUACCCAAACACAUAAGCUUUCAGUCCACAGCGUGUGUUAAUUUUUCAAGUGUUCUGUUUAGACUGGAUCUCCUUGGUAGUAUAUGUUCAAUUCAGCACUCUUCAUUAUGAAGCAUACAGUAUUACAGAUCUGAGUUUUUGAAAUGAUAAACAUGCAAUUCCACAUCUAAAAUAAAAAGGCACAUAAAAAUAAAUGUGAAAGAACACUUGUAGACUUCCAUUUUUGUUUGCUGAAACUAAUGUUUGUUUCAAUAUCUGCUGGCUGUAGAGGUAUAAAAUAAAAGGUAUUUUAGUAAAUGUUUCAGUAUUUCCCGACUCUUGCUGUCUUUCAGGUAUAAAAGCAGAUCAGAUUAAAAUAAGAAAAAAGAUGGCAAGAGGGGAUUUUUCUUAUUCUCCUAACUUUGGUACUUGAAUUUUUAAAUGUAAACAUGAAUGGACAGUGAAUAAGGCUGAAUAACAGCAUCUCAGCUGUAGAAAAUACACAAACUGCAGAAUAUUGUAAAGUUACCCAGCUACUGUAUAUAUUUGACAGUCUUUACAAUGUCUAUUCGGUCCUAUUCUGCAAAGUUCAAAACUGAAUUUUCUCAGAGUCGAUAUUUUUAGGAGGAGAAGACAGUAUGCACUGUAGGUAUCUUGGGAAAAUCCUUUCUAUGUAGAUACGCAGAGCUCUUGUUCCUGAGGAUGGUAAUUUAGGAACUAAAUUUAUGGGAUAAAUAAAAUCUUAGAAGAAACAAACAACAAGCUUUCAAAUGCCUGUCUCAAAUCGUAAUUGUACUGUUGAGCUAAAAUAUUUUUAAAAUAUCUUUUUGAAGAGCGUAGGCAAAAUUGUAAUUUGAAAUUAGGACCUUAAAUUUGUUUUCAGUUCUGCAGCAAUAAUGAUUUGUAGCUGAAAACAGGAUAGUUUUAAAGAUGAGACUUCUGUCUAAGGAAUAAUUCAUGCAGUAAUACUGCUUUCUAUUGCUGCUUGAAAUCGUUCCUUAAUUUUAGAUUGCAGCUGAAAGAAAAAUGUUUUAAUGUGUAAGUCAACCAAAAUAUAUAUUAUUAUUUAUUAUGCCAAAACUUAAAUAUAUAAACAAGUAGUCCUGUGGACUGUGGAAUGUGCUGAUGCUCAUCUAUCUACCUUGGCAGACCUGAAAUGAGUCCAAGAGAAACAGUGAAAGUAGUAAAGGCAUUCUGAAGUCAAGCAGGGAUUUUUCAGAAUCUUAGCGUUUUCCAACAGGUAUAAUUUGCGUUGAGUUCAGAGUGCUGUCUUCAGUAGUACUUGAAAUCCUUGAAGUAGUAACACAUGCAUUACUGAAGAAACCAGCCCCAAACACCUAAAAAGUAACGCUGGUGUUGAAAUGUUUUAGUGCUGCUUUAACUUUUUCCUUAUUGAUUUGGAGGAAGUGUGGUUGCUUACUCCUUUGGGCCCCUGUUAAAAGUUCAAGUGCCAAGUUCUGCCUGAAAAAUUCUAUCGAAUUCUAAUAAUGCCUUUUAAACAAAAAUAAAUGCAUUUGAAAAUGUCAGAUGCAGUGAAGUGGUAAGGUACAAGCUUACAAAAAUGUAUUCCUGCAGUUGCACCUCUAAAAAUUGUUCAGGUGUUCCCCAUUGGGGAAACAGAAUUUCUUCAAAAACAAAAUUUCUUUUUUUAAGCAAUUCUUGUGAACCCUGAGUAUACUAAGCACUUAAUUGAGCAAAAUCUAUAUGAAUGGACUUUUGCUUUAACAUUGUAGACUUUGGGACCCUGUAGCUGUUUUUUAUACUCCUUGAAACUAGAUUCUGCUAGAAGCAGGAUCAACAUUGUAGUAGUGAGUGGAAAAAAGCUCCUGCAGACAAUGUCCUUGGUUUUGCUUUUUUUUUUUUUUUUUUUAAGUAUUUGUUAUUCAUCCCUUCUAUUCUUGUUGUUCAUACUCUCAGCAGGGAACUACAGAUGCCUCAGGAGUUGCAUAAUGGCUUUUCCCCCUCAGUGACAGGGUAAACACUUUUAAAAUGCACCUGUUUAAAAACGUGAGCAAACAAAAUCCCAGUUUAUAUCAGGCAAAAAAGGUGUAGAUUUUACAAAUAACAGCCUGCUUCUCCAUGGCUUAUGAUGAUUUUCAAAAAGUUAAGCUUUCAGAUGGCAUAUGUCAUAAGUCUUGUUUAACUGCAUUCUUAGCAGCUUUUUAUAACUAUUUGCGUGCAUCCGUCAUCAAGCUGCAAAAGCUGUAUUGCUGAACUUGAGUACUUUGAGCAGAUCAUUGUGGUUGCUCAAAACAGUCUUCAACACACUGGUGUUUUACAAAAUGACAUCUUGAUGUGGCUAAUGGUAUUUAUUUUCAACAGAAUUGGGUUUGACUUUGACUUUCAUUAGUAAGGGGAAAAAAGAUAACUAUGGUAUAUGAAAAUAAUCAUAAUGCUUCUCAAAUGCAAGUUUUGAGAACUAAGCUAAACAGUCUUGCUCAUGCAGGCUGUCACCUAUUUAAUAAUAGUGAAAUUAAAUAGGAGAAGUGCGAAAUGUUAUGUACUGGGAUAUGUGCAGUUCAGUUUGCCUUUCAUGGUUUUGAGAGUUGUCCUGUAUUUAACAAGUUGUUUAACUUGUGGUCUAGCUAUAUUUUUAUAAUUCAUAAGACUCUAAAAAGCUAUACUGUGUUUCAGAAUGGGUUUGCAUAUUACAUGUAGACAGCACAUUAUAUGUCUCAGAUAUGACUGUCCCAGGGGCAUGUAAAACUUCACAAUACAUUUUUAAUGAGACAAAAACUCUGUGGGUGCACGAAUUUGUAACAGAAAUCUUAAAUCUUUUCCUCAUGCUUAAGCCCAUUUUCCUACCUACUAUUGUAUAUCUAAAACAGAACAUUUCCUGGAGGAGUUGGAGUUCAUUUUUAAUGUUCACACGCUGUUAGCACUUGGCUGUUCAGAUGCUCUGUUAUAUUUUACAUGGCACUGAUGUAACUUCACAAAAAAAUCUUCCAUCUGAUGAUCUUCUGGAACACCUGCAUUAUCAAGUCACCAUUUCAGUAGUUUAGAGAUUAAUUAUAUUAGGAAUUUUGCCUUGAAAAAACAUCUACUUAUUCUAUGUAAUGAUGCAUUUUUUGCUUGCAUUCUUUAAAAAUGGCAUGAUUACUGGUUAAAUACUGUACCUGUUAAUCAAUUGUCUUUCCCUAUGGCUACUAUUUUUUUGUCUUCGUUCCGGAAAGAGAUCCUAUUUAAAGUAAUGAGUUACGUGUCUGGAACACUGUUUUAAGGCGCUAAUAAUUUUGCUAUUAUAAAUAAGAGUCUUGAAUUACGGUUGGGGGGGAGAGAUGUCUUUUUGCAUGGUUGUUUGAUUCUGCACAUUCAUAAAAAAAAAGCAGAAAUGAAUCUGAUGUCUUCAUGUUCCAUUUUUUUCUAAAUUUAUUCAAUAAAAUUCUUAUUACAUGCUG